AUGAACGCUGCACACGUUCGCCAGGCAUUCCGUUCUUGCACGGCUUCACUGUCGUCGCGAGCAAUCGGCCGUUCCUCACGAGAUGCGCUGGCAUCUCACGGUCGGCGAAUAGCGCUUGGCACGCGACGGUACUCUGAUGACAAAGCUCCAGAGCAAAAGUCGAACGCGGACGCAGAGAUGAAGGAGGCAGAAGUAGACAAGACAGAAGUCACGCCGGAGGCUGAGUUGCUCAAAACGCUCAAAGCAAAAGAAGCCGAGGCUGUAGACCUAAAGAGUCGGUUACAAUAUCUGCAAGCAGACUUUUUGAACUUGCAACGUAAUGCUGCUCGUGAAAAAGAACAGCAACGUGAUUUUGCUAUCACUCGCUUUGCUGGUGACUUGCUUGAAACUGUAGACGUUCUCGCACUCGCCCUCAAGUCCGUACCAGAGGAUAUUCUUGCCCGAUCCGAUUCUCCAUCCCCAGACUCGUCAUCAACACCCAACUCAAAAUCCGUCCAAACCUACCUUAAGGAACUGCACGAGGGCGUCGACAUGACCCACCGUCUCCUACUGUCCACGCUCUUCAAGUAUCACGUCAAACCGUUUGACCCUACCGGUGACAAAUUUGAUCCUAACGUACAUGAAGCGUUGUAUCAGGCUCCCGUACCCGGAAAGGAACCUGGGACUAUCCUAGAGUGCCAGAAAACCGGGUACAUGAUCAAGGAUCGGUUAUUGCGAGCAGCGCAGGUCGGCGUCGUGCAGGAGACAUCAUAA